UGUGUUUUCACGAAUACUUCAUUCUACUGCAAUUCGUCUUAAGGUGAACAUCCUAGUUAAAUGAUUUUAUCGCGAGUGACAUUGAAGUGAAAGCUUGUUUCCUUCGAUAAAACCUUCAUAAGCAUAACAUUUAUAACUAUAUUAAAAAGAAAAAUACAAUUUUCAUUAAGAACUCUGGCAUUAAUUGCAAUAAAACUGAAUUCAGUGUAAACUGCUUUUUACGGCUAUCGAUCGGUAUACAAAUUCUGCGAAGGAGCGCGAAGCUACUGCUAUAGUUUUAGCGGUGCGAGCAUAUUUCACACCAAAAACGUUAACGUUCAAGAGUCACCGUCACCGCCGCCGAGAUGGCGUUCAUGAUGCCAGUAGUGAAGAACGAUUGGGAUAUAUACAACUCUCGAUCGCGGCGGACUUCCGAGUCUGUGGACAAGCCGGGCAUCGGAGGCGGCCGGGUGCGCAAGGUGUCAGAGUCUCGCUCCGAGGGACCCGUCCUGUCACCGCGGACUGCGCUCAGCCCCCAUCGCAGCGCUCCAGCCAUGCGCUCGCUCUCCUACUGCCGCGCACCGCCGAGCCGAGUUUCCUUACGAGCAUUAGAAAACCAAAAGGGCUCGGCUAGCCCGCCCAGCGUCACAAAGGAUUCGGAUAAAUUUCACAGCAGGGCGCGAGCCGACUCCCCCGAGCGACGCUCGCGUUGCGGCGCCUGCAUGCCCUACCUGUGAAGCCGACCGCUGCCCGCGGCCCAGGAGACACACCAUCUGUGAUAUGUACCAGAUAAAGAACACCAGUUGAGUAGAGCUAUGAAUGUGUUAUAUAGUCGAUGAUGGAGCCCUUAGUUUAUCCAUUUGGUUCGCUUCUAACUGUCGCAUGUUUGUGUACGUACUUUAAGGACUAGGGAUGGGUUGAGCGAGGUUGUAAUAAAUGGACUGUACUAUGUUGAAUGUUUAAGACUGCGUUUACUUAAGGGUUUAGUUAGGUUGCCGGGGAUUAGUUUUGGCUUUUGUCCACAAAAUUCACUCCGGUGGUUUAGUUGUUAUGGCAGUUCGGUAUACAUCUGUGAUUUGUUACAUGUAAGUUACGGUGUUAUUUAUUUUAUAAUGAGAGCGAAGUACCUUUUAGUAUCAUUUUCUGUAGCUAUUUAAUUUAACACCGUAGAAGACGUAUUUAUUUUGCGGCAAAAUUUAACAGAAACAUAGCGGAUGAGAUUAAAUAAGUUCCUUUGGAGGAUUUUAAUUAAAUAGCACUAGUGAGGUUCAAAUGUAAUAACCGUAAAGCAAGAUUAGUAGGUAUUAAAUAGCUUUGUUUACUAGUAGAUAUUCUUUUUAAAAGUACUAGUAAUUUCUAUACUAAAAGUAUUACUAUGGAGUAUAAAUAAAUGUGACUAUUACAUUAUUGAUGUAAGCAUUAAUUUUGUUACAUAAUGUAGAUAUGAUUUUAUGUGAUGUUAACUUUGACUGUGUAAAUGGACCAGCUUUAUUAAAAUUAGGAAAGGUAUUUUUCAGUAUAACUGAAUUAGUGACGUAAAGUGAUUGUAUUCUAUAGUGUCUACUUUUAAGCGGAGAAAUAUUUGAAAAAUAAAUAGAGAUAAGAAUUAUUCUGCGAGUUCCUUAAUAAAAAUUACAGAACUGCCAUAUUUCUACUGUAACAGUUUUAAAAUAAUUUGUCCGCGAAAUUCAUGGAUUGUUAUAGUUUCAGUAAAUCCACACGCAAACAUAGAUUGGCUGCCAGACAGUUUGGCGCAUUUCCAUUGGAUAUACCUAAGGCCAAUGUCUCAAAAAAAAAAACCUGUAAAAGAGAGUGUACUUACUGAUGUAACUUUAUAAAUGUACCUACAAGCAUAAUAUGAUCACAGAUUGGUGGUUUUUCUAAAUCUUUUCAAAACUUAGAAUAUAUUAAUACUAUAAAAAAAAUGGUCUUUCAUGAAAUACUUUCUUACCAAAGUUUUUUUUUAUUAUUUAGGUCAGUAAGUAUUCUCAAGGUCAUUCAGCCGAUUGUAAGCUAAAAAUUUGACAAAAAAGAAAAGUUGCACAAUGUUGCACCAGGUUGCGCAUUUAGGUAUGUGCGUAAAGAUAGCUGAUAAUAAGAUUUCCAACCAAGCCUUUUAUUCAAAUCUUUGACAUCAAUAGGUACCUAAUUACUAGGAAGGCAGACGAACUGACAGCAAAUUGGUUUGCGAGAGCUUUUUAAUCAAAUUCAAUUUUACAUGUAGUAUUAUACCUAGUACCUUAUCUAAUCUAUAUUGUGUCGAAUCUGGUUACUUUUUAAAUAUAUUGCUUAUAUUCUAUGGA